UCCCAUCCUCACCCCGCCUCCCGCUUCCCCGGCGCUAGCCUCCGCCGGCGGAGCCCACUAUGCCAGACACUUUCGACACUUUGCAAAGACAAAGAGCCCUAGACCGGAGGGAGGAGAGAGGAGGAGGCAGAAGAGGAGGUAGAAGAGGACCCGGAGGUGUGAGCUGGCCGGGACUUGACUGUGAUGAACUGAAAAUGCCUUCAAGAAGGAACUGGCACCUGCCGGGGCUGUGCUGAGAACGGUGCAGAGCUGUGCAGCCGGACAGUUGUAUCUGUGAGCCAGAGGCAGGCAGUGGCUCAGCCUCCUGAGACGAAGACACUGGGUCUCAGAGAGGUCAAGGAACUCCUCUGAUGUGGUGGCACCGCAGAUGCUCAUCAACCUCUGUACCUUCUCUGAGAUGUCCUUUAAGUUCCCAUCCCUGGUGACAGCCUGGGAAGCACAAAGCUCUCAUUAAGGAUUGUCUCAAACCGCACUUUCUGGAGGAGGGCGGCCAAGCAGCGGCCCCACAUCCUGCACCGAGACCUUUUCCUCAGGUCCUCCGGGGGUUCACGCAGGCUGAGGAUUAAACCUUGAUCCCUUUUGCGUGGGGGAGAACAUUGCUCUUCCCAGGUUUCAUUGACGUCAUCAAGCCACAUUUUCGACUUUGCUUGGGGUUGCAAAAGAGGUAGACCACGCUGUUUACCAAAAGGAAGACACUACAGCCGCGACUGCACCUCACGGACUACCCUCGUGUGCCACACGGAGAUAUCCAGAGCACAGGCCUAGGCGUGUCUCCAACAGACUGAAGUUUUCCCUAGCUGCCUCAGAGGCCUCCCCUUCCUGCUACCUGCUCCUGUGCCUCUGGGAUCUCCUCAGCUCCAGGCAGGGUCUCCUCUCUGCCACCCUCCCAAUAACACAGAAGGCCCAGCAAAGGGUUGGAGAUUAUUAUGAACAUGAGGAAGAGGACCCUCAAGUGGCUCACCUUCCUCCUGCUUCUCGUCUUCCUCACAUCCUUUGUCCUGAACUACUCAAGCACGGGACUGCACGCUGCCUGGUUCUCCAAGCAGAUGGUCCUGGGGUUCUCAGACAACUUGCGCAAGUUCAUCAAGGCCCAGCCGUGCACCUGCACACACUGCAUCAGCCAGGGCAAGGUCUCCUACUGGUUCGACCAGCGCUUCAACAAGACCAUGCAGCCGCUGCUGACAGCUCGCAAUGCUCUAAUGGACGAGGACACGUACCAGUGGUGGCUGAGGCUCCAGCGGGAGAGGAAACCUAACAACCUGAGUGACACUAUCAAGGAACUGUUUCGUGUGGUGCCUGGGAAUGUGGACCCCGCGCUGGACAAGAGGUUGGUGGGUUGCCGACGCUGUGCAGUCGUGGGGAACUCCGGGAACCUGAAGGACUCCUCGUAUGGGCCCGACAUUGACAGCCAUGACUUUGUGGUGAGGAUGAACAGGGCACCCACCGUGGGCUUUGAGGCAGAUGUUGGGAGCAGGACCACCCACCAUCUUGUAUAUCCUGAGAGCUUCCGGGAGCUGGGAGAGAAUGUCAGCAUGGUCCUGGUCCCCUUCAAGAUCACCGACCUGCAGUGGGUGGUCAGUGCCACCACCACAGGCACCAUAACUCACACCUACGUCCCGGUGCCCCCGAAGAUCAAAGUGAAACAGGAGAAGAUCCUGAUCUACCACCCAGCCUUCAUCAAGUAUGUCUUUGACAACUGGCUUCAGGGGCAUGGGCGGUACCCAUCAACCGGCAUCCUCUCCGUCAUCUUCUCCAUUCAUGUCUGUGAUGAGGUGGACUUGUAUGGCUUCGGUGCAGACAGCAAAGGCAAUUGGCACCAUUACUGGGAAAACAACCCAUCUGCAGGCGCAUUCCGAAAGACGGGGGUGCAUGAUGCUGACUUCGAGUACAAUGUCACAACCACCCUGGCAGCCAUCAACAAGAUUCGCAUCUUCAAGGGGAGAUGACGCUGCGACCCACUAAGGACGGACACACCACGUCUCACCUCUCAACUUGCAGCCCCAGCAUCGCACUGGAGCCGUUCUGUUCUGGAAGCUUCCAGGGCUGAACUUGGGGUGUUCCCAGGCUUGCUGGCAGCCUCUUGCACCCUCAUUUUGGUAGCAUCUAUUUAGCAAUGUUGUCCAACUCUCCCAGGGUACAGAGCAAGUCUCAGGCCUGUCCAAAGUGGGAGCACUUCCCCAACUGCUGUCUCCUAGCUGGAGGAAAGUGGGAAGAUACUGGGAACAGUCUAACAUCCAAAUAAUGACAGUUAUUUUGACUUCUGGGGUGGGGGUGGGGAAAAUUAAAUCCUGAAGAUUCCUAUGUUCAGAAAAGUGGGCAUUUCCUGGAAGUCAUUUAGAGGCUGACACUGAACUGUGGGCCUCAAGCUCAACUCAGACUCUGGCUGGGAUGUUUGUGACGGUUAUCUCCAGAGCAGAGCCCCAACUGGGCUCCACCAGCACUGGGACAAGAUACUGUUCUCCUUUGCAUGAAGCCCGGCCUGUCACAUGAUAUGACAUCCCCAUUGUCCCUUUCUUCCAAAAGCUCACUAAUGAUGGCUGGGCAAAGCUUCUGAUUCCAGAGGUCUUCCAUAGAAACCUCGCCAUGUGUUACUGGCGGGUGGGAAGCCCUCUUCACCAUCCUGUGUGAUUAUCCUCCAUGGUGAUACGGAUGGCCGGAGCAGGUCUGACUACUUCCACGUGCCUUUGAACUUGAGGAAGAAAUGCAUGCAUUGGCUGACGUGAAGCAAAAUCCCCAACUGGAAAAGGGGGACCUCCACCAGCACCCCGCUUUGCUGCAUAACUCAGAGUCUCUUUCCAGAUGGUACUCUGCACCACUCAGAGUGUGCCAAGCAUGGGAUGGGUGCUCACUUCUAUUCCCUCAGACUGCUGGGUUCGGGACCACUAACAACCAGCAUCCUCCCCUAGGUCCUGAACACUGGGCUAAGUCCCUAGUAGCCCCCCCUUCCUGGAGUCCUUGGGGUCCCAGUGGGGACAUCCUAGGACCACAGCUGAAAUGCAUGUACCUCUUCUCCUCACUCCCGUCUGUUCUCCCCUUCUUCCUUCCCUCUACAGACUUCAUGUUAUUUAUUGAUUUGUUAAUUUAGCUGACCCCCGUGCACACUCUUUCCCAUUGCUGCUCACAAUAUUUUUCUUGCUUUGCCUGGCAAGUGGAAGCAGGAAUAGAAAGGGAAGCCUCUGAGCAUCCUGGAUGUGUGUGUUGAGACAUCUGGACUCGGGGCUUGCUGGUGGCAGAUCCUGUGACGCUGAUGAUCCUUUAUACAAUCCAUGUCACCUCCCUUUCGGGUACAGCUGACUUGCCUUCUUCCUUACUGCAGAAGGGACUCCCUCAGGCUGGGACCUCCGGCCUCACUGAUGACUCCUUGGUGAGGGAAUUGAGACGAGGGUGAACAGGCACUGGGUGGUAACUGUCACCUCCUUACAGAUGUUCCAUAAGAGAAACCUCUGUUUCUGUCGAAAGUAUUCGCUAAAGACCACUGCAGUUUCAUCAAGAAUAUGAGAGAGGUCUCUUGAGGCUUGGGAGAUGUCCCCCUGCUCAGGUUCCCCUCUACAAUAAGAGCUCAGGGGCCUCAAUCGGGGCCACACACAGCUUUGGGCCAUUCACAGGCAUCACCAAAGAGCAGACACCAAGAUUGCCGUUUUCCAGGAGUCUGUCCUGAGUGGCUUUGUUGUAGCUUUUGUUCAAUUCUCCAAGACUCAGAAUCCAGGUUCUUAAUGGAGGAAUAUGAUGUUCUGCUUUAGAGAAAAACAAAACAAAAAAAAGAAAACCUUUCUUUAAGAUUCUUGGCUGAAAAGGCUGAACACUUGUGAGGUCCUUGCUCUGGAAAGGCAUCCUCAGAGGUCCAAGUGUGAGUAACUCAGCAGACUUGGUCUGUGCGUCAGUGGGUCAGUACCUGGGACAAGUCAGAAUUAGUGGACAUUGACGUAGGGGUGACGUACCUGGGUUCUACUGCGUGAGAGCAAGUGCCUGCCUUAAGUGUAGCCAUUUCUAGUCUCCAUCUGGCCCCUCCCACUACCCCCCCCCCCACCGCCCUGCCUCCCUUCCUUCCUCUUCCCCUCCCUCUUGUCCAGUCAAGGAGCCAGCAUUUCUCUUGCCCAUAACCCUCAGCCUUCCCCUGUGCUUCGCUCGCUGGCUUAGCAAUGGGCUCUUAACUGAAUAAAAUACAGUCCACUGUGGCCAGAAUUAAGUGCACCAAUUGGUUUAAGGUAAUUGUAGCUUUCCUUGGGGUGUGGGUGGCUGAGAACAGGAAGGGCCUUUCCCAAAGAGAGUGGGCUGGCUGCUGACCACAGGGCUGGUCCUGGGCUGCAGUGCCUGAGCUGAUCAGAAAGCUGCUAAGUCCAGGGGACCAUCUCAGCAGCACCCUAGACUACUAGCCUGCAGUGAACCAAGACACUGGUGUUUCUUGUGCUGGUGGCAGGCUUCCCCUGCCUGCCCUCAGCCUCUUGGGGAGAGAGAAGCAGAUCUGUAGCCUUCAGUUCCCGGAAGAGACAAGCCAGAGAAGAAAAUCCUUACAGUGAUGCCUUAGGUUAGCUUUUAGGCAUCGGACAUCAUCAGAUAAACUGUGUGGGCGGGGCUAUCGGAACAGACCCAAGAAAGUAUAGGGUAGACUAAGGAGGCUAGCGACUGGCUGGGGCCCUGAAGGUCUGGAGAUUGCUUUGGGGCAAAGGGCAUAGAGUACAGAUGGUGCUGCAGUCCCCAGUGUGGCCACAUGGGGCUGCUAACGGCCCAUCUCACCUUCUGGGAAUAGGGCCUCCCUGUCAAAUGUGGAAAGGACCACAGUGGAUAAUUGAGAACCCAGAGGUUGGCUUUACCUGUGCCCUUCAAAGUAGCCCCAACAUGCAGAGCGAGAGAGGCCCUGGGUGCCCACUCUUCUCCAGAGAAUAGAGUGGCAGCUGCAUGCCCUCAGGGAGCUGGCAGCUAAAGCCAUGGCUUCCGUCCUCGUUACCUGAGGUGAGAAAGAUGUGGCCUUGGCUGCUCGGUCACCAUGGCCUGGCUAGUGAAUUUUGAGAUGACGGCAGCUUUCUUCUUGUUUGUCACGCUCUCCUGUGCCCCGGGUGCUACCCAAUACCUGUAAGAAAAACAGAGGGUGAGGAGAGAUGGCAGAGAUCGUCAGAGCAGCGGCUCAUGCCUUCAGCCUCAGAAUAGAGUAACGGUGUGGUGACCCAAACAGCAUGUGGCCUCAGCCAGGUCCAGCCUCCAGCCUGCUUCCACUAAGGGAGGACCCCACCGUCACCUCUCCAACCUCUCUGCUCCCUUAGCUUUUACCUCGGCUCCUCCUGCCCAGGGUCUGCCCCAUGGCGUCAGCUUUAACCCUUUCUCCAGAGCCUCAUCUGGAUCUUGUUCGCCCUUCUAGGUGGACGUGGGUCCCCCCCUGCACCCCUAGACCCCCCCCCACGCACAAUCACUUUAGCCCUUUUCCUAGAACCUCACCUGCGCCUUGCUCAGCUCACUCUAGUAGGUGGAUGCGGGUGCCCCCCUGCACCCCCAGACCCCCUGCACAAUCACUUUAGCCCUUUCCCAAGGCCCCUUCAGAACCAAAGUUCUCCAAGCACUUUCGCUCCCACAAGCUUUCCCUUCCUUGCUUCCUGUGGCCCAGUGUCACCCAUUAAUACUUUGCUUUCUUUCUCGUGCCUCCGUCUUGUAAUCCUCCUGAUUGGUCUGAAUGCAUUUCCAAGGACGUUAGCAAGUCUGCCUUCCCCGGCCCCUGCUCUGUUUUAUUUAUUGUUGAAUGUUUCCAAUGAUCCAAAUCAAAGUGAGUAAAGAGAGCUAUUUUAUUGUU